ACAUAUACAUACAUACACACAUACAUACACAUAUAUAUAUAUAAUAAAACUUUAUAUCUCACAGUUCUGACUUUUGUAUCUUGCCAUUUAAUUGUAACUUUUCUACAUUUUUUUGAGUGGCAUAAACGGGCUUCCAUACGGUGAAAAUUUCUUAAAAUGUAUUCACCCUGAGGUCACUUAGGACGAAUUUGUUUCUUUUAUUAGGAACGAUUUGGAAAAAAUGUUGCAUUGCAUCUCUUGUUUGCCAAUUAGUCAUGUGCAGUGAAUGGGUGCCGUCAGAAAAUCCAAGCCGUAAAAAACAACACAAAUAAUCUACAGUAAGACUCUUUAAGAAAUUAAAAACGGCAUGUUUGUAGGAAACGCAUCCAUCGUGGCAUUAAUAAAUAAUAUUGUUUGGUAAAAAAGUAAUCUCAUCUGAAUCAGGAGGGAAAUAUGCACUAAUCAAGCACCAUUUACAAGCCAAAAGUGUCCUAAAUGAAUAUGUGGGAGGAUUUUAUUGUGAGAGGAGAGUGUUAUUAUAUAUUACAGACUUCUAUUUUGCCCAGAAGCAACGGUUUUAAUAUUAAUGUGGAGUUUAAUCAGCCGUUUAGACUCUCAUUCUGACGGCACCCAUUCACUGCAGAGCAUCCAUCGGAGAGCAAAUGAUGUAAUGCCGCAUUUCUCCCGAUCCGGGGAAGAAACAAACUCAUCUACGUCUUAGAUAUAUCCUGAGCGCAUACAAUAUCAGCAACUCUUCACUUUUGGGUGAACCGUUCCUGUGUUUGUGCUCCAAGCUGUGCUGUUGCUAAACCUGGACCCUAAUGAGAUUAAACGUGCGAAAAUUUCAUUUCAAGGACGACCAAAGCCGUUUCUUGAAACCGUAUCAAAGUUUUGUUCAGAAGGCAGUUUCUCCCGAUGUCUUGAGGAGUGAUCGUGUCGAUAACCCCGUUAGAUAGAGGGUGGCGUGUUCGGACCGAGAGCUUAUUAGGGCAGGACAGUCACUCCUUGUGCGUUUGAUGUUAAAUUGUUGUCACCAGUCACACAGAUAACAGAAUUCUGCACAUACCUGCCGACCGAAGCCAGAGUAUAAAACUCAGUCCCGACUUAAAGCUUCUCACACACCUAAGUCACGCCAUAUAACAGUUCAGAGCUUGUAUAUAGUUAAACACUUAACGUAUUUAUUUUCUGUAUUCGUCGUUAUUUAUUUGUUAUUUUUGUACUUUAAUGUGUAAAAGGCUAUAUAUACUUUUCAUCUGAAGCAAGAACAAAAUCUUUUUUAUUAGUAUUUUAUUAGUUUUAGUAUUUUAUAAGAAAAAGAGUGAGAAUACAAGACCUUAAACAUGGAGACAACAUGCUUGGAAUCUUUCUCUUGCUUGAUUUUAUCGAUGCUUCUGAUAUCGUGUCUGCCGCCGUCAGCCACAUCUCAUUUUCCCUCCCAGAAUGCAACAGUGUACUUGGGAUCUAGCUUCAUCCAGGAAGCUUUACGCAGAGCCAGAGAGCUGACGGACGCCGCGUACGCUCACACCAACGACAGGGUGAAGACGUCCUUAUCGGACAGUUCUGUCCGACCCAGUGACCUGCUGGCCUUGUUCAAACAAACCGGCCCCAAAACCAGAACCCACAUCAGAUCGGCCGAGCUUCUGGAUAACACCGUGGAGCUGAUUAGAGAGAUGGUUUACACGCACUCCAUGGACAAACCCGACCUCACCGAGCUUUUAAGUGCAGGAGACAUGGAGACCAUACUGCAGGCAACAGGCUGUUCCUCAGAGAUGCUGAGACCCGUGUGUAAAUCUGACUGUCUGUCCAAACGCUACCGUACCAUCACGGGACACUGCAACAACAGAGAAAACCCUCAGUGGGGGGCAGCAAACACGCCUUACGCCCGCUGGCUGUCGCCGGAGUACGAGGACCCUCGAGGGGCCCCCAGGGGCUGGGACCCACAACGCACCUACCACAACCACACACUACCACCCGUCCGCAGCGUGUCUCAGGAGGUUUUGUACACUCAUAACGAGAACAUCUCUCUGGACGCGUCUCUGUCUCGUCUGCUGGUGGAGUGGGGUCAGUGGAUCGAUCACGACCUGACCUUGACCCCUCAGAGCCCGAGCACCGCUGCCUUUAAGACCGGAGCAGACUGCACACGCACCUGCAGCACAGACACGCCGUGCUUUCCCAUACAGAUCCCUCUCUCCGACCCCCGCACUGGGACUCAGAGCUGCAUGGCGUUUUUCCGCUCCGCACCCAGCUGUACGCUUCCACUCGGUCACCGGGAGCAGCUGAACGCUAUAACGGCGUUCGUGGACGCCAGCAUGGUGUACGGGAGCUCGGACGGGCUCGGCGCGGCCCUCAGAAACCUCUCGUCCCCUCUCGGCCUGCUCGCCGUCAACCAGCUCCGCUCGGACCAAGGGCUCGGCUUCAUGCCCUUCCUGACCCGCACGCAGAUGAACCUGGACCCCUGCGGCCCACGAGGGCGGAUCGGACCCACCCCGCUAUCAGAGACGGCGCAAAGACUCGCCGCAUCCAUGGGGAACAGAUCGUUUUGUUUCCAAGCAGGUGACUCUCGGGCCAAUGAGCACUUGGGGAUGAUCGCUUUGCACACGCUCUUUCUGAGAGAGCACAACCGAUUGGCCGAGGAGCUUCACGAGCUCAACCCUCACUGGAGCCCGGACACGCUGUACCACGAGGCCAGAAAAAUACUGGGCGCCGUCCACCAGAUCUUGACAUGGGAUCACUACUUGCCCCGUGUCCUGGGCCGCAGUGCUAACCUGGCCCUCAUGCCCCCGUAUAAAGGUUACGACCCCGCGGCUGACCCCAGCAUCUCCAACAUUUUCUCCACCGCUGCUUUUCGUUUUGCUCACGUCACUGUGCAUCCGGUUGUGAACCGCCUCGGACCUGAUUACCGGCUGAGCCUUGAGCACCCGGCUCUGCCGUUACAUCACUCUUUGUUUGCAUCCUGGAGAGUCGUGCAGGAGGGCGGCAUUGAUCCUGUGCUGCGUGGUUUGCUGCUGUCCCCGGCUAAACUUCAGACAGCGGAUCAGAUGAUGGUGGAGGAGCUGACCGAGAGGCUCUUCCAGGCUCAGGGAGGGCUGCCGCUCGACCUAGCAGCUCUAAACCUGCAGAGAGGACGAGAUCAUGGCCUGCAAGGUUACAGUGCGUGGCGGGAGCUCUGCGGUCUCCCGGCACCCGCGAACGAGUCAGAUUUUGCAGGCAUUCUGGGUAAUGUAGUUCUGGCCCGGAAGCUGCUGCAUCUCUACGGAACAGCUAAGAACAUAGACGUGUGGGUCGGGGCCAUUUCAGAGCCGGCUCCUCCCGGGGGCCGCGUGGGGCCGCUGCUGGCCUGCCUGAUCUCCAGACAGUUCAGAGCGCUCCGAGACGGUGACAGCUUCUGGUGGCAGAAAGAAGGUGUGUUCAGCUCCGCUCAGAGAGACGCUCUGCGCGGCACAUCUCUGUCCCGCAUCAUCUGUGACAACACACACAUCCGACUGGUGCCCUUUGACCCCUGGCACACGCUUCACCCCGACGACCUGCUGCCCUGCGAGCGCGUCGCACACAUGAACCUUUCAGCGUGGAGAGAACCUGACGCCGACCCGGCCUGUGGCGCGGUGCCCCGGUUGAGUCUGGGUUUCUCUGUUCUGUGUGGAUCUGGGGUGAUCUAUCAGUGUCCUGCUGGAUACCUGCUUCAGGGAGCCACACAAAUCAGCUGUGACCCUAAAACCCUCCAGUGGACCCCACAGCCGCCCACCUGCCAAGAUGUAGAUGAAUGUUCAGCUCAUCCGCCCGUCUGCGCUCCUCACCUGCAGUGCUUGAACACACCUGGAGGUCACACCUGCACAGAACCUGCAGCUCCGCCCCUUCCCGCCUCCUCCGUCGUGGCGUCGGUGAUGUCAGUCCUAGGGGGCGUGGCUUUGAUAGUGCUCUUUCUCGCCUGCUACCAGAGAUUUCUCCUCGGGAAAGCUGGGCCGGCGAAGGCAGAAUGCUGUCAGAGAAGAAGCUGAAAGGCAGUCGGUUUGUAAAAUGCACAGAUUUGCUCUGUAUAUGUUCAGCAUGUCGUCCGAUUUCACUCCCUGAAACGUGUGUGAACACGAACGGAAGCAUUUUUAACAUUUCUCCCAGGGUUCUCGCCCUUUGUCUGCGCUAAAUCUUUUUAGCCUUCUUGUUGUUAACAGGCCAGUAGUUUUUCUUUUAAAGAAUAUUGACAUUAAAAGCGUCCCUAAUGUUACAAAAGAUUUCUAUUUUAAAUAUACGAAGAUUUUUUUCUUCACCAAAGUAUCCUAAAGCUUCCACAAAAAUAUGAAGCAGCACAAGUGUUUUAAAUGGUGAUAAUCAUCAUUCAUGUGUUUUAUAUAUUUAAAUAAGCUUUGGCAUUGACAUAUUGUUAAAUAAUUAUGAUUUUAAGCAUCAUAAACACACUAUAAAAACAAUCCUGAAAUAUCAGACCAUAUGAAUAUCUUUACAGGAAUUUUUCAUAAAAUUAUUAACAUUAUAUAUAUAUUUGUAUAUAUAUAUGUAUAUAUAUGUGUGUGUAUAUAUAUGUUUAUGUAUGUAUAUAUGUGUGU